ACACACACACACACACACACACACACACACACACACACACACACACACACACACACACACACACACACACACACACACACACACACACACACACACCGGUGCCGGACGGCGCGUGCGUGAGUGUCCAGAUCAAUGAUGAUGGAUUUAUUUACUUCAACACGAGGGGAGAGUUAAAUAGGCUAUUUAUGGAUUGCACUCUUUUUAUCGGAUGAAUAUUAAAUCAGAAAUAAUAAAACUGAAAGAUUAAAAACUGGACUUUACUCCACAAGAGAAGAGCAAAAGACAUGGCGUACUGAGUGGCGUCCUUGAAGCAGGCGGUUCUGUCUGAAACAGAGGUCUGAGGAUCACUGGCUCAGUAUGGUGGAUGCCAGCGCAUCGUACAGGAUGAACCCGCUCGCUGCCCUCAGCAUCGACCGCAACGCUCUGGUGGGGGACAACUACCGCCCCCAUGGAGGAAUCUUCUACCCUGGCCUCCAUCCUCUCUCUGCUGAAAAACCCCAGGAGGCUGGCACUUCUCUCCCACAUCGCUAUGAUCUCCUGUACAAACCAGCCCUCAUGGACGACCAGAAAUCCGUGAAUGGAUACAUUGGACUUUAUAAGAGCUCACCACCAGGGUUGCAGAAACCCCUGGUUGUCCCUGCAGCAGGAGUUGAUGGCCUGGGGCUGGACCGCCGAGUUCUACCUAAUGACAAGCAGUCAGACUUGGUCCUGAAUGGUGCCGGUAGCUUCCUGAGACUGCCAUGGAUGAGCCCUUAUAGUGAUGCAACUAUGUACCCCUUCCUGGACAUGGCUUACAAGGCCUCCUUCCUGACCCAGCCAUCACCCUUUCUGCACCAGCAGCUGGCAUAUCAAUCAUUAUGUGCUGCUGGGGCAGGAAGCAGCACACCUGGGGAAGACAGACUUUUCUACCUGCCUCAUUAUGGCCCGGCCCAUAUCUCCUCACAACUGGGCCCUCUGAUCAGGAUCCCUUCGGCAGCCCCGGCUCCUGCUGUCCUUUCGCCCCUGCCCCACUCCCAGGACAAGGCCUUACAGGACCCCGGUCAUCAGGUGCAUCAGGAACACUCUGCUUUUAGCACCAGUCCACAGAUUCACCAGGAGCCUAAGCCUCAAGCUGCCCAUCAUACUGAGCGACAACAUGGCAACAGUAGCAGUGGCGCAAAGCCCAGUCAACCUACUUCCACUGAGAACAUUAUUAGCAGCAGCAGUAGUGGAGCCCCAGUUAGCGGUUCAGCUAGCAAUGCUGCCUUAGAGGGCCCACCUAUUACCCACACUCCAUGCUCAGUUCCCCCACCACAACCCCGCAACCACACCACUGCAGACCUCCAGAAGUUGCUUUACAGAAGCACCUCCUCAUCCCACCCCUUUUACAUGGGCAGCCUGAACUCUGAGCACUGCUCUCCCGUACACUCAGGCAGCAGCAAAACCAAAGAUGCCAGCUUUGACCACUCGAGUGCAGAGAAGUGUCUAUCACCUGCAAAGACAUCUCUAGAAAGAGCCAUACCUCAAAUGCCUGCCAAAAACCCUGGGGAAAAACCUUUGGAUCUGUCUGCCAAAGAGUUGGAAGAAUUCUCAAAUAAAUUCCCAUCCAAGUUAGAGGCCCUAACCAAGUUGGGGUAUUUACCACCAUCUCAUUAUGGGCUGCUGGCCAAUCAGGACCAGAACACAAAGGAGGGUCUCCCCCCACCUGUUACCAGAUCAACAAAGACUCCAGAUCAUCCAGAAACUAUUGACACUGUGCAGUCUCCUUGGGUUGUUCCAGGUCCUUCCCCUGCAGCCAGGUCUGACCACAGCAGAGGCCAGAAAUUUCUGAAAAACAAGAGCGUAGACAUUAUUUCUCAACAUCCCCCACCUCAAAACUCCCCUGGCUCCACAGUUGAGGUAAGCAGUAUUCCCAGCCCUACCCCAGGGGCAAGAUCCAAUGUAUCAUGUCCUUCCCCAAAGUCCAGAGCUGAAUGGCCACAAGUCCCCCAUACUGAUUUGGAAAAUCCAAACAAGAAAGGAGAAACUCGCCCAUGCUUGGGAAAACAGAGCAUAUCUCCCGCUAAGCCUGAGGCUCAAGAGAGCCAAACUCAUACUCAGCAGCAACAGCAAACUUGUGUCGGAAAUGGAAACUCCUCUAGUCAAAUCUAUGGUGACUCCUACCUCCCUCCAGGUUUAGGGUACACUAACCGAUACAUCCCAUACUCAGUUGCUGAGAAUAUGUCCUUGCAACGCAUGGCGAUACCAGGCAAAGGGCCUGUCUUUACCCACCCAGUCUUGCUUGGCAAUAGCAGCUUUUACCCACCUCGUAUUGCACCAAAACAUGGACUUACAUAUGGAGAACAUCCAAGCCAGGGUGAUGUAAUGACAUCCCAGAACUCACGGGAUAUAGCCCCUCCGUCUGUCUCCUCCCGCCCAGGUCUUGAAUCUCAGGCUAAAACCUGGAAUGCAGAACCAUACAGUAACCCGGAAAAGUUGAAUGCUAAUACCACCAAAAAGAGUGACAACGAGAAGGAAACAUUAACAAACCAUACCAUUAAGGCUUCAAGCCUCACUUCUGCAAGAGAGGAUGUAGUUUGCAUUGACCUGGUGUGUGAAGACACAGAUGAUAAUUUGUCCACUAACAAGCACAACUCCCGAUCUACCAUUAAAGAAGAUUCCUCCAAGCAUAACGGCGGUGGCUGUAGCAAUAUCCAAGAAAGAGAGAAAUGGCCCAAAGCCUUUCCUCCAACCCAAACUGCAGAGCAGAGAGAAAUAUUACAACCCUACACUUCCCAAACAAAACCUUCUCAUCCCAACUCUUCUUUACCUCCUCCUCCUAAUGAGGAAAUACCAGAGGAGAUUCCGGAUCAGAUGGAGCCACCUAGUCCAUUCCCAGACAUCCCAGAGGAGCAGACGAUGCGCUGUGCCCGAACUUCUCCUCAGCAAUUUUCAAGAAAAUGUAAAACUGCAGCCUCUGGCUCUGCUGAGGACUUGGUAAUGGGUGUCACCAGCAGUCAGAAUAAUCAGAGCGUUGGUAGUGAAGCCAAGUCAGAGGCCUCAGCAAAGAAAAAUGUUAAUCCUGAGCAAUGCCCUUCGAAAAAUCAAUCACGUGAAAACAACAAUUCCAACAACAUCAUGGGAACAGCAUGUAAAGUCACUGGCCCAAAGAGCCCAGCUUUUGGGGACCACUGUCUUCCAGACAGUCCAGUUUUCAGCAGUAAGGGACCAGCAUGUGGAGAUUUCAGUCCCCAGCUCCCAGCAUGUAGGAGUUUCAAUGCCCGUGUUCCAGGAGGAGUUAUGACCAGCAGGGAACCGCUGUGUGUCAACACCAGCCCAACAAGUCCCACAUGUAACAGUAGAGAUGUUAACAGUGCAAAUUUUGCCAACAGAAAUUUUGUGGGACCCUGUUGCAGAAAUUCUCUCAGGGCUUCAACUUGUGAACCCAAAAUUUUAAGCAGCCCAACUCAUGGAAACAGCAACCCUGUGACUCCAGGAUGCAGGAGCAGCAAUCUCAGAUUUACAAUUUGUGAAAACAGCAAUGCCAUCCGGCCAGCGUCUAGAAACAUCCAUCUUACGGCUCCUGCAGAUGGAAAGAACUGUUUGAGUUGUCCACAAGGCCAGUCUUUUGAAAAUAACCACACCUGUGUACAUAACAACUUCAGGGUCUUGACAUUCGGAAAAGGUUUCCCUCGAGGCCCAACCUGUCAGCACCUUUUACCUGGCAAUCCUACCAAUGGAGGCUUUAACAUGAUGCCUGCAGAUCUGACUCCAGAACUGCCAGUUAACAAAGACCAAGAAUAUGAAGGCUUUUCCUCUGAUGACCCAGAGUCCACGAGAGAGGCGACAGACUCCAGCUUUGCCACUGCCAGAUGUGAAGAUGGGAAGGAAGACACACAAGACAGCAUGGAUCUACUAGAAGACAUGGACGAGAACUCUUGCUGCAGCAGGAGCCGACGAUGCGGCCUCACCAAACGCAUCGCCAACUCAUCCGGCUACGUGGGCGACCGGUUUAAAUGUGUGACCACGGAGCUAAACGCUGACUCCAGCAAGCUGAGCAGAGAGCAGAGAGCACUUCAGCGCGCAAUGCUGCGUUUCUCUGAGCUGGAGCUGAAGGAGAAAGAGGGAGGAAGAGGAGAAGAAGAAGAAGAGGAAGAAGAGGAAGAAGAAGAAGGGAUGACAACAGCAGUGGCAUUGGUGGCGGCAGUGGAGACGGAGUUGGCAGACGGCCAGCAGGAAGACGGAGGGAGAGAAGAGGAGGAGGGGGAGGAGGCGAGGAAGAAUGAGGGAGGAGGAGGAGGAGGAGGAGGAUGGGAGUGCUGCCAGGAGAUCGAGGGGAGGCAAGGAGGAGGAGGAGGAAGAAGUCCCUCUGCAGCCGCUGCUGAGGCACCGAGAGGUUUAAGUCCCUCCUGCCCUCACAGCCGCCUCCCUGUCCUCCAAGAGAGCGAUGGCGGCUCAGUGGAGGAGCAGAAGAAGGGCGAGGCUGAAGAUGGAGUUCAGCAGGAGGAGAAGAAGAAAAAAGAGAGGAGUUUUAUCUCACAACAACAGCAACACAGGUUCCUGCCCACAGCAAGAGGUCUGUUUCAGGGAAACGUCUCCACGGCAACCACCACGCCAGCACUCAGUGGUUCAAAUCCCAGCGUAGCGGUCAACCUGAGGCGCAUCUUCAGUCUGGAGCCGUUCCACCAGAGCAGCAUCGGCAGCAGCCGGCUGAAGAGAGGGAGGGAGGAAGAGAGGGGGGAGGAGGACAGGACGGGAAACCGCAAGAUGAAAACCAAGUUUACCAACGUUACAGACUCGACCCUGGAGGAUGUGAAGAAGCUGAAGGUCUGCAUCGAGCUCAACGGCCUCCGACUCAACAAGCCCCGCCUCCCAGGGGAACUCGGCCAAUGGCUGCACUCCAGCCAAAGGUCGGCAGAGAUCGACAAGAAGUUCAGAAUGGACGUCCCGGCUAUCAGGGAGAGGUCAGAGGUCAGCGGAGGCUGGUCUGACCCUUCGUUUGCCAGGAGGGAAGACUCAAAAGUUUUUCACGUGACCCCACCCACCUCCUCCCCCGCCCAUCUCCCCCGCCAACCAUGCAGCCCCGCCCCCCGGCAGACCUCUCCUGCAUCCUUCACCUCCAUAGCCUCCUCCCGCCUCCAGGACAAACAUCAGAAGCUGAGGGAGAGCCGCCGGGUCUCCGGUUUUCUCCCGUCCUUACCUCUUCCUCUUCUUCCUCCUUCCUCCUCAUUGCCUGACCCCCAAUCCUUCCGCUGCCAUGGCGACGACCUGGGCAAGCCGAAGGGCAAGCGCCCGUUCAAGACAAAGCACACGGGAGGAGAGGCGGCAAGGGAGGAGGAGGGAGGAAGUGACAACGAGACAAGUGGAAAGGUCUCUCCCUCUCCGCAGCACACACAACAUGCCCGACCCGCCCCCCCUGAAGUCCGCCGGCUCAUCGUGAACAAAAACGCUGGAGAAACGCUGCUGCAGCGCGCUGCGCGCCUGGGAUACGAGGACGUGGUUCUGUACUGUCUGGAGCGGCGGAUCUGCGACAUUAACCACAGAGACAACGCCGGGUACUGUGCCCUGCACGAGGCCUGCGCCCGUGGCUGGCUGGGGAUCGUACGUCACCUGGUGGAGCACGGCGCCAACGUCAACUGCAGCGCUCAGGAUGGGACCAGACCGCUGCAUGACGCUGUGGAAAACGACCACAUAGAGGUGGUGCGUUUCCUGCUGGCCUGUGGCGCCGACCCCACCCUCACCUCCUACUCUGGUCGAGGACCAGCCAACAUGACCCACAGUGCUGCCAUGGAAACCUUCCUGGAGGACUACCUCUGCGACCUCCAGGGGAGGUCGGAGGGCGAUCCGGGGAUCUGCUGGGAGUUUUACGGCAGCUCAGCGUGCGAGCCGUCCAGUGAGGGAGGACAGUAUAACAUUCUUGCUGACCCACCGGGGCCAGAGGGGGAGGAGGAGGAUGAAGAGGAGGACGAGGAUGAGGAGCAACGUGCCAGGAGAGAAGUGUUUGAGUUUGAGCUGUCCGACCGGCCACUGCUCCCCUGCUACAACAUCCAGGUGUCACUGUCCCAGGGUUCCAGGAACUGGCUCCUCCUCUCCGACGUCCUGGGCCGGCUUCGGAUGACAUCUCGAUCUUUCCGGCGCCUCUUCCCUCAGCUCAACGUGCAGUCCAUCCCCGAGGACGAGUUCUACCGGCAGGCGUCCCUGUCGCAGCUCCUAACAGGUCCGGAUGAGCAGGAGCUUGCCUCCUUCAGGCCGGACAUCAAGGACCCUCUGGAGCUGGUCGAAGCCACCCCAGAGCUGGCAGGCAUGCUCGGCUCUUCCCUGGAGUUUGUGGACAGUCGUUGGGACUCCCUGGAGUCUUCGCCACCUACGACGCCCCCCCCAGCAAUAUCAAGACCAUCACAAAGACCGCCUCAAUGUUUUCCACAAUUAUUACCAGCACAGCGACAGGUCGCCACAGAAUCUGGCAAUGUGUUGAAAAACAGGACUGCAGAGUCUGGACAAUGCCAAGGAUUUAAACAUCUGAGAUAUAGUAUUCCAACAGCUAAAAUGGAAACCAAAAUGGAUCCUAGCAUGUGGGAACCACAACAGCGAGUAAGUAAAAAUGCAGGGGUUCCUGUUCCUGCAAAGCGAAACAUGACAAUAAAUGCAAGCAUAUGGGAGCCACAAAUAUUACCAAAUAAGAAUGCCGGGAUUGGUUGUUUUAAUAAUUUGGACUCUAAAAUGGAGUCCAACAUGUGGGAUCAACCAAAACAACAAAGUAAGACUUCUAAUUCUGCUAAUCCGGACCCUAAAUUGGGCUCCAGCAGGUGGGAACCACAACAGCAAGGAAAUAAAUCCACUGGGAACAGUCCCAUUAAGUCCGACACGGCGGUUGGUGCCAGUAUGUGUGAACCACAGCGACUACAAUGUAGGAACACUGUGAAUUCUGACACCAAAGUGGACGCUGCUCUGUCAGAGCCACAGCGAAUACAAAGUAAGAAAAUUGCUAAUGUUAGCGUGGAUGCUAACACGUGGAAACGACAAGAUCAACGGAGUACGACAGGCACUGUUUCAGAUUCUAAAAACCUUGUUGCUUCAGUUGAUGGUCGUGUUUGGGAACCGCAACGAUUGCGUUGUAAAAAUGGCGGGAUCACCGGCCCUGCAAAGCCAAACGCUACAGUGGAAACUGACAUGUCUGAACGCCCUGGGUUAAAGCGAGUGGGCAGCGUCAGCACGACACCCAACAGAGAAGCUAAUUCCUGUGACGCCCAAGGCCACGGAGGUAAAACCAUAAAGAUGGAUGCUGCCUGGCAAAGGAACUUGGGCAACGUAAGAGUCCACAUCAGGGACCUGGGGAUGAACCUGGGGGGAGGUACCAUCCGGACAGACGUGAAGAAAGAGCAAGGGAAGGGCACGGGCAGGGGUGCCAGGUUUAAAACACGGGCAUAACAACACAAUGUAACCGGGGAAAUGAGAAGCUAACAAUAAAGUAUUUCAUUAAGAAAAUCAAAGAUUUUACAUUGAAACAUACAUGUGAAUAUUGUAUCUUUGGACAGGACAGAACGAGGACAGAACGUCCUCUGUGGAGAGACUGUAACAGUAUUGAUGUUCUAUAUGUAAACUGUAAAUAUUUGUAUUUUUUAUUUAUGAGGACAGGUAUCACUGUUGUUAAAUCUGUUCUUUGUAAAUACGAUGCAGUUUCUGUCACGUGGUUCGUUGGUCGGGAGGUUGUUACCUUUGUGUGUCAUUUUGUAUUCAGCAUCCUGUCGGCUUUCAUCACCAAACUAUUUAUUGUCCAAUAAAUAUAAAGAAU